AGAUUCAAAGAUGCCUUCUUCUUCUUCUUCGUUCUUAUUCCUUGUUUUCCCCUCUUGCAGGAUUUACUUAUGAAGAAAGCCCGGUGGAUUCCCACCUACUCGCAUCACAUAUGCAGCCGUAUGUAACUGUGUACCCUUGUUUCUUUUUUUCACAAUUGUAAAGAUUUAUAUGUGUGAAUUUAUCUCUGCUUUUUGCACUGCUAUGAAAUUUGGGUGUCUCUCUUUCUUGGCCAAGAAGUCCAUGGCUGUUGAAAAUUGAACUUUUUAAACCAAAAAGCGAAAACUUUUCGAGUCAUUGAUGACAUUAACCUACAUUUCUUGUUCUUUCUCGAAUUCUAUUAUGACUUCCUUUUGAUCUGGUUGACUUGGUUUUCCCUUUUUUUCUCUGUCUGGAUUCUGAAGAGCUUUAAUUUCUGUUCUUGAUAUUUGGGUCAGGGAAAAUUCCGCUUCCGAGGCUAAAAAAUUGAAUCUUGACACAUUUUUUGUUGAAUCUGGAGAGAAAAAAGAGAGAGGGGGGAAUAAAAAAAUAAUAAAAUAAAAGUAGAAAUGAAUUGCCUGUUCUACUUCAAGGAUAAGAGCAAAGGUAGGGGGAAAAGAUCCGAGCCAGUGCUGAAAGGGGGGAGUAAGAAAUCAGCUGCUAAGAGGUCCACACAGUCUUCUUGUGCAGCCUCAACUCCCCGGAGGUUUUCGGAAGUGUAUGAGGGGAAAUCUCAGAAAUUGAGAGUGUUUUCGUUCCGAGAGCUUAGGCAAGCAACUGAUAAUUUCCAUAGGUUGUUAAAGAUUGGCGAAGGCGGGUUCGGGUGUGUUUACAAGGGAAGAAUUAUGGCUGUUGAUGGACAUGGUGAGCCCAUUGUGGUUGCAAUUAAGAAGCUCAAUGCUGAUGGCCAUCAGGGCCAUAAAGAAUGGGUAGCAGAAGUGCAGUUUCUUGGGGUUGUGGAUCACCCGAACAUCGUCAAACUGAUUGGGUACUGUUCUGUUGAUGCAGAGAGGGGCAUUCAGCGACUCCUCGUCUAUGAAUAUAUGCCAAACAGGAGUCUUGAUGACCAUCUUUUCAACAAGGCUUAUCCGCCCCUUUCCUGGCAAAGAAGACUGCAGAUAGUUCUUGGAGCAGCUCAAGGUUUAGCAUAUCUGCACGAACAAUUGGAAGUUCAGGUUAUAUAUCGAGAUUUUAAGUCUUCAAACGUGUUACUAGACGAUGAUUUCAAGCCAAAGCUCGCAGACUUUGGUCUUGCAAGGGAGGGCCCCACGGGGCUUGAUACUCACGUAUCCACAGCGGCUGUAGGCACAUAUGGCUACGCCGCACCGGACUAUGUUGAAACUGGUCACCUCACAGCCAAGAGUGAUGUAUGGAGCUUCGGUGUGGUACUGUACGAAAUCCUAACAGGAAGAAGAUCAAUGGAGAGAAACAGACCCAUCUCAGAACAGAAUCUCUUGAAAUGGGUCAAGCAGUACCCGGCGGAUAGCCGGAGAUUCAUACGGAUAAUGGAUCCAAGACUGGAUAACCAAUACUCGCCAGGCUCGGCGAGACAGGUCGCGAAACUGGCCGACAUUUGUUUGUCAAAGAGCCGAAAGGAGCGCCCGAAGAUGAGCACAGUGGUGGAAACUAUGAAUCAGAUUCUUCAGAACAGCACUGCUUGUGACUGGGGUGGAGAAGAUCCAGUUCUUGAUGAUGAAGAUGAUGACCGAAUGCCGGAUCAGGUGGGCCCCGUCGAGUCAGAAACUCGGCGGAUGGCCCAUUUGGCGAAACUAAGCGAACGCGUUGGCGGGAUGAGCAAGAAAGGGUUUAUGAUCAUGCAUAGGGCUAAAGUCACUUGAAAACAAAAGGUCCUCCUCCCCUCCCCCCCCACACCCACAUUCUAUAUACUUAUUGAGGCCGGUUCUUUUGACACCGCUCCUCGGUGUCAUACAUUAUGACACCAAACCAUUUAGGGGCCCUACGGUGUUCCGUUGAGCCCAUAACUGGGUCUUACCCCCCCUUCCCCCCAACUUAUGUCACCGCUCCCAUGUUUCCAAAAUAGUUUUAAAUUAUUUUUAAAACAUAUAUUUAAAUAUCAAUUUUGAAAUGUUAACAAUUAUACAUGUUUUUUUUGCUAUUGUAAAAUAAAUUUUAUGGAAGCAC